CAAAGAUGCGACCGCUCUCUGCAGCUACUGGCUGUUACUUGACCAGUAUUAGAAUAAUAGUUAAUAAUAUAACACGAUAUAGUGUACUGUAGUUAUUAUUACAGUUGAGUGCCUACGUCCCACUUUUGGUCAAGUCCAAGUCAAGUCACCAUAAAUCUACAAAGUGCUCCGCAGUCACGUGGUUUUGUUUUGUCUGAUACCAUUCAUGUUUCAUUAAUCUACUCUGAUUGAAUCCAUGGCUUUGAUGAACGCAUUAUAGAACCAAUUACAGUCAAUAAGAGGAUUCACGCAAGGCCCUCUAUUAGGAACCAUUAAGAACGUCGUAGAAUGUGUACAAAUGUUUAUUUGAGUGUUCGUUUUGACGUAUAGUGUUUGAAAGGGUGAUUCAGAAUGGUUUGCGAGAAGUGCGAGAAGAAGUUGGGAAAAGUUAUAACCCCGGACCCUUGGAAAAGCGGAGCGAGGAACACAGUCGAAAGCGGAGGACGUAAAGUUGGAGAGAAUAAAGCACUCUCCACGGGAAAGGCUAGAUUCAAUCCUUACACUGCUGCUUUUGCAACUUGCAGAAUAUGCAGGCAGAAAGUACAUCAAGUAGGAUCGCAUUAUUGCCAGUCAUGUGCAUACAAAAAAGCUAUAUGCGCAAUGUGCGGUAAAAAAUUAAUGAGUACAAAAAAUUACAAACAGUCCGCUACCUAGAGUGUUUUAAAUUUAUUUAUUAAUUUACAUUAUUGAUGAGAUUCGUUACGUUACUAUUAGAAAUAUGUAAAGGAAUGUUUUUCUUCCAUUAUUACGAAGGAAACAGUAUAUUUACCUUUAUCGUUUUAACACAUAAGCUGUAAAUAUACUAUAUGAAAUACCAUUUUAUAAUACUAUAUUUUAUUAUUAGAUAGAAGGUACUCUGUCUUUCAUCAAAAAUAAACAUUUGCCUCUUUAUUACAC